AUGGCACGAAACAGCGAAAAAGCCCAGUCGAUGCUCUUCCGCUUCCGGGCCCAACAGGCCGCGGAUUUGGGAAUCAUUGAUAUGGGCCGCACACGCCGCCCCAAGGCCAUCACAUCCGUUGACUCGAUCCCGCUCUGCGAAAAAUGGCGCGGCCAAGUCCUCAAAGAAAUCUCGCGCAAGGUGUCUCGGAUUCAAGAACUCAGUCUCUCGGACCACCAGAUUCGCGACCUCAAUGACGAAAUCAACAAGCUCAUGCGCGAGAAGUGGGCUUGGGAAAUGCAGAUUCGGAAUAUGGGCGGACCGAAUUAUAUGCGUGGGUCCGGGCGGGUUUAUGACGACGAAGGGAGGGAAAUACCUGGUGGAGGAAAAGGAUAUCGAUAUUUUGGACGGGCGAGAGAGUUGCCGGGUGUUAAGGAGAUGCUUGAAGCGGCGACCAGGAGGGGGAGGGGUCCGGCUGAGGAGGAUGACGGGCCAAAUGUUGGACGGGGUGGAGAUAUUGCGACGAAAAAGGUCGAUGCGAAUUAUUUUGGCUAUGGGCUUGAUGAGGAGGAUGGGACAUUGCUUGCAUAUGAGUUACAGAGGGAGAGGGAAGCCGUAGAGAAGUUACGGAAGCAAGCUGAUAGUGAGGAGGAUGUGGAGGACGGGUGGGAGCCAUUGCCUGGAGAUGCUGGAGAUGGGGUCGAAUGGCGGUUGCCGACGCUGGAGGAGGUGCAAGAAGAACUUGUGGAUAGAAGGAGACGGCGGUUACUGGAGAAGAUUUCAUGA